GUUGUCAAUAUGGCGUCUCCCGUGUUCUCGUGUUUUACUGUGCGUGUGUGUGUCCGGGUGAAAGUGAUGUCGUGGAUAGUGCACAAUCUCCAUGCAGAAUCCCAUUCUCAAUCUGCCUAAUGGAUGACCUAUUCGCAUCUGCCCCGUGGUUAUUAGAAGGCCUUCUUCCCAUCUUUGGACUCUUUGCCUUGGCCAUAGUUCUGGGGAUGUGCACCUGCUUAUGGAAGAGGCCAUCCCAUGAUGUUGGGUCAGAUCAGAAUGCCAAUAUCACAAUCUUGAGUGCAGCACCUUGUCGAGGGUCAGAGAGCCCUCUUUUGGCCAAUGGGGAUCCAUCUCACAUCCAUUCAAGCAGUCAAGAAACCCAUCAAAAGAAGGCCAAUCCCAAUCGCAGGCUGCCUGAGAUCCCUCCUGAAAGUGGGUCUGUUGGAGAUGAGAUGCCAACCAAUCUUGUUUAUGCUGUUGUACCUGACAGAGUAACUGUUCCAAAUGGGAAGGUAAGUCCACCUCAAGGUGCAAUGGCAAAAAAGAGAAGAGCUCCAGAUGUUCCUACUCAAAGCACACCCCAUCGAAGAGGAACAGAGGGAAACCCAUCAUCAGAUUCGGAGAUUGAUCGGGACAAGGAACAUCCUUAUGCACGAGUCAAGAAAGUCCAUCCUCAUCGAAAGAAAGAACAUCCAUAUGCAAAGAUCAAGCGGAAUAGUGAUCCUCAGGAGACAGAUACUGAUAAUUAUGAUGACCUGGUGCUCACCAAAGGUCGAAAGUGGAGUUCAACAGAUUCAAAUAUCUAUGAACCACCUCCUGUGCCAGAGAAAAGACUGGACAUAACAUUCCCCAUCUCAGAGGAAGCUAUAACCACUGGAGCUGAUGCCUCUGCUUCAGCAUGCUCUCUGUCCUCUCUUCCAUCACCACCAGCACCAUUUAAGGAUGAAGCAGCACCACCUCCCCCAGAUCGGUUUCGCCUCCCAGGAAGGCAGACCGGAAAGACAGACUCAUUCAGUGCAGCAAGUGCUAUUUCUGGCCAGACAAGGGCGAAUGCAGAGCUUCCUUACAUGACACCUCCUCUUCUUCGUGCUAGUGAAGAGAGGGACCGUCAUGAUGGAUGCUCACACUUCAGUGGUGAUUCUCAGGAUUCAUUCAACAAGGGGUACACAUGCAUUUGUGUGAGGGAACCGCUGUCUCACAUUAGGACACGAUUGGUUGAUCCUCAUGUACAAGUGAAUCCUGACUCUCCAUAUGCAACAGUCACUGAUGAUUCUGAUGAUAUGUAUGCUGCCAUUGAAUCAACAUACUCUGCUGGAGAAAGCGAGACUUAUGCUCAGAUCCAGCUUUCUCCAUCUGGUGUUGUACAAGAUGAAUCUCAGCCUCCACAACCCCCCAGUGUUGACAGUCUACGAUCUGUCACACACUCAUUUGGUUUCCAUGGCUCUGACCCAAGUCUCCACAGUGGGACAGGCUCUCCACUGCCAGGAAAACGGGAACUUAAUUCGCCUCUACCACCAGCUCCACCAUUUGACCCCCUGGCUCCCAAGACUCUGGAAGAGAUGUAUGCAAAGGUGACAAAACUCAAAGGCCUCACCCUUCCUCGUAAUGCAGAACACCUGCGUCUCAGUCCCGAAUCAAAACACAAAUGCGGUGGCAGUGAUUCCUCAGAUUUCCUCCAGCGCUCUUCUUGGGCGGGUGCAGCUACAUUUGCUGACAUGAACUUUUCAGACUAUGAAGUGGUUCGAGAAGGAUUAGCAGCUCAGCCUUUGCCUGCAGUUGUGUUUGCUACCACUGUUGAGUUGGACGACUGUCCAAACUAUGAGACCAUUCAAAGGGAAGGGAAAUAUUCAGGUUCAGACCCCGGUUAUGAGACGGUGAAAGGUGCCCUUGAACCUCCAUAUUCUAAAGUUAGGGGAGAAGGGGAUGAAGAAUCAGAAGUUGGCUAUGAAACAGUGAAGAAUCUUUCCAGAUCACUCUCUCCUUUCCUCUCCUCAGAUCCCGGUUAUGAGCAUAUACAAAAAAAGGAGUCUUUCAAGUCUGAUCAUGGGUAUGAACGUGUAGGAUUAGAAGUGGCAGAGCCAAAUUAUGAAAGUGUUAGUGCAGGGGAAGACACUGACAGCCUGUCUGCAUGCCCACCUUAUGAACGAUUGAAAGCCCCUGAGGAUUCAGAUGGUGAUUCAACUCCCGGUUACGAACGGGUCCAUCGGAUGAAUGGGGAUGAGGAGUUCCAAGAAGUGGAUCUCCAGGACUCAGCAGAUGGGCUUCCGCUCUAUGCCAAAGUGAACAAGUCAAAGAAGAAAGAGAAGAUGGGAGAGAGAAGUCCAGUUUCCUUUCGGAGGGAUUGUAGUGAACGGUCAUCAGAGCAGAGUUACCGCUCAGCUGCAUCCCACGCAACGACAAACACAAAUGGUUCCCGGAAGUCUGAGAUCAUUGAGGAUGUCCUCUUGCAUCUCUGACCUUGUCUCUAUGCAUUUAUACUCUCCAACUGGGUACUCUUUCUUUCAUCUAUUCAUUCUUGUGUUAUUCCAAUGCAUGUCAGAGUUUAUUUCUUGUGAAUUCUUAAUGGAAAUUAACUUAUUGCUACAAUUGGCCAAUUUCCAUAAUUGUUCUUUGGAAAACAAAGUUCCUUUUGCUUCUAUAGGAGAAUAAGUUUUCUCAGCAUGCUUGUGUAUUUAUAUCUUAUUCCCCUACAUUGACCCUUGUUAUUACCAAAGAGGUUGUCAUGAGAGCAUGAGAGUUAAAGAAAAAUUAGAGGCUAUUGAAAGAGUGAUGAUUUGUUCAAACAAUGCCUGUUUUUGUCUUUCAUUCUGUAUGAGAGGGCCUAAACAGCAAUGCG